AUGCUAUUCCAAUCACAAUCUCCUUGCUUCCUUUUGCUACUCUUGAGCUUUCUAUUCACUCAAGCUCAAGCUGAUAGAAAAAUUAUCGGUUAUCAAAAGCUUACGCGAGCUAAAGCUUUAGCUGUUAAUAGAAAUAAUAUUCCUUACGACCAACAAAGGGUCGGAGGGAAAAAAAAAUUCAUAGCUGUCUCAAACGAAUCUGGCCUUGGAGGUGCCGCAAAUGAUUGGCCUUGUGUUGUCAAAGCGGAUGCGAACAAGUUCGAUAGAAACCCAAAAAUAUGGGUUCCAGAACGUUAUAACAAUCUACCUCAUGAAGGAAUCCUCCGUCCAUUUACUACGUUGUGGGGAAACGAAUCAGCUCAGUUGACAUACAUCCAGGCUGUAUUUCCAGAGGUUGAACCCUUGGAUGUCGUGCGCUUUACACGAUCCCGAGAUGAUAAUCCACCGAUGGUAGCGAUGCUCUUUCCACCUGUUAUGCUACGAGUGAAUGAGUUGGAUUUCUGGGCCGAGUGCUUUGAAACAAUCGGAGGGCUAUAUUCAGCAUAUCCAAACGACCCCUCGGUUAGUUGGAGGAGUUGGGGUAUUCAGGGAGACCCUGGAGCCCCACUUGACUUUGAGUUUUGA